ACCUCAACAAAUGAGUUUUAAGUCAUUCAUUUUUAAAUUUGUAGUCAGUACGUUUUUUAAACACCCUGUCCCCAUGUAUGCACAAAAAAAGAUGAAAUGGAGCUAGAUGUCUUGGUCUUUGGUUCAUCAAAUAUUGAUUAUAUUACCUAUGUCAAUGAACUGCCCAGAUCGGGAGAAACUGUUUUUGCCGUGCAUCGUGAGUGUUGUUAUGGGGGCAAGGGGGCUAAUCAGUGUGUGGCUGCUGCAAAAUUGGGUGCCAGAUGCGCUCUAAUCUCAAAACUGGGCAACGAUAAGUUAGGCGCACAAUACUUAGAAUACUUGAAAGAAUUGGAAAUCAAUGUAGAUCAUGUUGAAAUAGUUGAUGGCCAGUCAACUGGCCUGACUGAGAUCAAUGUUGCUGAAAAUGCCCGAAAUAUGAACAUUGUACUAUCUGGCGCGAAUAUGAUGCUAAAGUGCACCGAUGUUUUGAGCGCCAGAAAAUUGUUCAGGCAUGCUAAAGUUCUACUUUGCCAACUGGAAACAGACGAGAGGAUUGUCCUCUUUGCGUUACAUCAAUUCAAGGGUGUUUCUAUAUUAAAUGUCUCGCCAGCCCACCCAAACAUGAAUUUGGAACUAAUCAAAGCACCAACGAUUCUAUGCUGUAAUAGAUUAGAGGCGGGGCAGCUAACCAGUCGUGAGCAGAUCGAUACAUUGCAGGAUGCCAAAGCAGCGGCUACUGAUCUGAUUGAGAUGGGUGCCAAUAGUGUGAUCAUUACCAUGGGCGAUAGGGGUGCCGUUUACAUGUCAAGAAGUGAACCGGAUUUGUGCACCUAUGUUCCCGCACCGCGUGUCCGCUGUUUGGCGGAUACUUCCGGUGCGUCCGAUGCUUUUCUGGGCAGCUUGGCUUAUCAUAUAUCAAUCUAUCCCAAUUUGAUGCGUGAGAGUCACAUCAGUGCUGCUAAUAUUUGUGCAGCCCAUGCUGUUGGCCAACGUGGCACCCAGCCCAGCUUCCCGGGCCCGGAACUGUUUCAGGAACGUCUAUGCCAGUACGAUCCAUUGUACUAUAUUAUUGAGGAUGAAGCUGCAGUGGCACAGGCCGAGGCUAAGCCAACUGAAACUCCGGUGGAGUGUGAGUGUGUCUGUGAUGUACCAAUGACAUUGACAAAGCCAGAGCCAACGCCAGUGCCUGAGCCAACGAUAGCGCCUAUACCAGUACCAGUUGCAAUACCAGAGCCAGAGCCAGAGCCAAUAGCAGUUGCGGAGCCAAAAAUGAUGCCAGUACCGGCAAAAGAACCUGAAGCUGAGGAGCCAAAGGUUAAGCCUGCGCGAAGAAGCCUGCCACUGCCUCUUGGUAUGCCGCGAAAAUCGAAGCAAGAGAGUUGUGGUUCUGGCAGUGACUUAUCUGGAGGGGUAACAAAAAAGAAAGCAUUGCAAAAAGAGGAUCAUUCCGAUGAAGAAGGUGAUAAACGUACGAAAAAAUCUAAGGCACAAGGCAGGAGAGACUCAAAGAUUACACCGGUGCCAAUAGCUGCCCCAGUGCCCAUAGGAUUCCCGCGAAAGUCGAAGCAAGAAACUUGUGAUUCUGUAAGCGAGCUAUCUGGACCGGUAUCUAGAAAGAGAAAGGUUCAUACCAGCGAUGAAGAAGGUCUCCGACAUAUAACAACCCGUACUUCUAAUAAGCCCAUGGUGCUGGGCACUAAAGAAACGAAGACCAGCAAACCGCCAGUGGUUGCACCUAUACCUCUGCCAAUUUGUGGCCCAAAAGCCAAGACAGAAAAAAAGCCAGCAGAGCCAUGUGACUCGGGUAGUGACAUAUCUAGGGAGAAAAAAACCCGGAAAAUAUAUCACUCCACCGAUGAUGAAGACGAGAUAGGUGCAAAAGCCCUCAGCACUAAGAAAUCCAAGAGAGAAUGCUGCAAAUGGUUUUCGCCUGUAGCAGCGCCUGUACCACUGGCAACAUCGCGAAGGACAUCUGGCAAGCCCCACAGCUAA